GUAUCUUUUUUUUCUUCUUCUUUUUUUGGGGGGGGAAUCAAGACGAUGGAUGUGGGCUCACCCGGAUCCUUUCUUGCAAAUACGGCGGGCGGGCGCGACUUUCUAUUCCAGACGCACCCGCAUCUCCCGUACGUUGCGAGGUGUCUCUGAACGGCGCGCGCACGGACCCCAUGGAGGACAUGAGAAGAAAGGUCUAUUUUGACUCACGCCUGUCGAGAUGGAGGCGUCAUUAAGAAGACCUGUGCUUUCAAGAUCAAACGCAUCCCAUUAGAUCAUUAAGGAUUAUUGUUAAUCUGCAUGAGAGCAAAGGGGCAUCUCUUAGCCGUGACCUUGUUUUUUGGUCUAUGAGCACUGUAUCACAAAGAAGAUUGAUCCCAUCGUCAACCCAAUGUAGGAACGUCUCCCUAAGAUUCCCACAACCUCUACUCUUGCUUGGAUUUCAGCAUUCAGUCGAAUCCACCAGGACAGAGUAUGCCAUCUGCACCUUUUCACAGAAUCCUACGACCCCUUCUGCUCGGCACUUUUGUACUGGGAUGCUUUGUGACUCUGUUUUUGAUGUAUUUUAAACCAUCCACCAGCUGGUUGUCAGGUCCUGUAGAGUCAACAGCAUCCACCAACGGGGUGAAGAACCUCUUCUCCACCAAGAGUGAUAAAAACGUGACCACGGUGCUGAUCUGGCUCUGGCCGUUCGGACAAACCUAUGACCUGGGCGUGUGCAGCUCUCUCUUCAACAUCGAAGGCUGCUUCAUAACAGCGGACCGCAACUUCUACAACAAGUCGGAUGGAGUCGUCAUCCACCACCGGGACAUCUGCACGGACUUGUCCAACCUGCCGCCGCUCCAGCGACCAUCCUUCCAGAAGUGGGUAUGGAUGAACCUGGAGUCCCCGUCACACUCCUCCCAGCUGCCUGGGAUUGAAAAUAUGUUCAAUCUCACUCUCAAUUACCGUCAGGAUGCUGACAUUGAAGUGCCUUAUGGGUCAAUUGUAGCAGCGGAGGGCGAGGAGGACUUUGUCGCACCCAGCAAAAACAAGCUCAUCUGCUGGAUUGUGAGCAACUGGAACCAGGACCACGUGCGGGUGAAGUACUACAAUGAGCUGUACAAACACAUUGAGGUGCAUGCGUAUGGACAAGCCUUCGGGGAGUACAUCUCGGACCAAGACUACUUCCCCACCAUCGCCAGCUGCAAGUUCUACCUGGCUUUUGAGAACUCCAUUCACAAGGACUACAUCACUGAAAAACUGUACAACCCGCUGUCCGUGGGCUCAGUGCCAGUGGUUCUCGGGCCGCCCAGGCAAAACUACGAGAACUUUAUCCAGGGAGACGCCUUCAUCCACGUGGACGACUUCACUUCGCCCAAGGAGCUGGCCGAAUACCUGCUGCUCUUGGACAAGAACGAGGAAAUGUACCUCAGGUACUUUGAGUGGAGGCGGCACUUUAAAGUAAAGAAGGCCUAUUUCUGGGCAGAGCACACAUGCCUGGCUUGUGAUUAUCUGCGUAGACACAAGGAAUACAAGUCCUUCAAUAACCUUGACAAGUGGUACUGGGGCGGAUAGUACUUUGAAGGGCUAUGCAGUGCUUGUUUGGUUGUUAAAGGCUGCGCUUUAAGUCAUUCUUGUCCUUUGCUCAACAUGAAGGUUCAUUAUUGUUGCUCCCAAACUAUUCUUUUUCUUAUUAUUUUUUAUAUUGAUUCAGCGGCCCAGUGAGACAUCCAACUUGUUUUUUAAAUUAUUGUUAUUAUUUGCAAGUCAAUUUUGCCAAGCCUGAAUUUGCCUUUGUGAUAAUCAUGUAUUCAUUUUUAUUAUUAAUAAGUUUAAAAUGCACAACAUUUGUUCUUGUUAUUUCAAUCCAUGUUUUGCUUAACAUGACGACAUUUGCUGCUAUUCUUUUAAUAUUUUUGUUAUGAAUGCUCGAUUGUGAGGAUGUUCCUGUAUCACAGAUGACAUUCAUGGUGGAAUAAGGUGUGUCUUUUUUCUUUAAUUAUUCCCAUUCCAUGAAGCACACAACUACAGUGUUGGCUGCAGAAGGAGAUUGAUAUUAAAAAAUGCUAAUGUUUAGGUAAUAUUUAUUCAAGUAACUCUCUUUUCUUAAGUGAUAAGAGAAACAUCAAUCUCCAAACUAGCACAAAUCUGUGCUAGUGAUGCAGUCACCUUUGUCUGCAUAUUUUUGGAAUUACAGUAUGUAGCUGUCAUUUACUCUGCUAAUCUAACUGCUACCUAUAUAUACAUACAGUACAUAUAUGUAUAUAUAUAUACAUGUAUUUACAGUAAAUAUAUAUACAAUAUAUAUAUGUAUCCAGUUUCCACCAGUCGACGUGACUGCUCUGUGUGAGGGAGGUUACUAUUUUUAUCAUGUCGUGAAUUGUUCAUUGUAACAUGUGAUGUGUGAAAAUGCAGUUGGAUUCCGCAUGUGUUAUCGUACAGUACAGAGCCACUGUACUGCAGUAUGAAACUCCAAGACACCUCAUCAUGUUGCAUUCUAAUUUCAUCCGUCAAUUUAAUUGAAUACAGUGUUGGGAAAGCCCACAAAAUGAAGAUAUUCCUGAACUAUGCUGUGCAUACUGUACUGUCAUCUUACAAUGUGACAUUAGAUAUUUACACCGAUCAAAUAAGAUGUGUGAAUCAGGAUGCAAUACGAUUAGGUGAGAUCUGCCCACGUGUUGGGUUCCUGUUGACAAAAAAAGUGAAAAAUGUAAAAUUGUCAAGAUUACUGCAAGAUUAUCUGUGUGAAAGUUUUAUUUUCUGGAUUUUUAAUUUGUUUACUCCUGUUUACAGUUGUGCAGCUCACAAGCCAACCUACACCACUCUAGAUCAUGCUAAAAAUGGAUCAACAUCUGUACAUACCGCAUCACUUUUAAAUGUUCUAAACAUCUUAUCUACCGAGAAAUGCAUCUCAACAGCACUCAGCAGCUAAUGACGUCAUGGUUUCGCUUUUAGAGAAAGAACAGUGCAAAACCAAGUCAACAUUUUAUGCAAGAUGAAACUGCGUUUUUUUAGUCUAAGUACUCCAGCAUUUUUCAGGUUAUUAUGAUUUUGAGAUUUCUUCACUGUCAAAGGGACCAUUAAUGUAAAUAAGGAUGAAUUGAAUUAUUUUUCUUAUGGAAUAUGGUUCCAAACACCAUAGCAAAACCUGUAUAUAAACCUUGUGGUGAACUGAAUCAUCAUCUGGAUCAAACACACCCACUAACAAGGAUAAUUCCUUUAUGUGCAAAGGGCCGAGGGGGCUCAAAUAUUUUUAUUUUUAUUCACGGGGCAGAGAAACAACAUGUUGUACAUAUUUUCAAUGUUGUAAAGAGAUUCAAGUGUUGUCGGGGAGGGAAUGGGAUCUUGCCGCGCCUACUUAAGAAAUGUUUGUGCUUUUAAAGGCUGUGAAUCAAGGUGAAACCAGAGUGGCACUUGAAAAAGAUGACCGUGUGAGUCAUUUGUUUUAGUGUUAAAGUGGAAAUUUCACCAAGUUAGAAGUGAGACGAUUAUACACAAAUUGGAUUUUUCUUGUUAUUAGACGGUUAUGCUCUCGGCAUGACCGAAUUUUAAAAAGUCAUGCCAAAUUGCAGCGGAGAUAUGCACUUUUAUUCACGUAGAGUUGUGUGACUCACUGUGCUGGUGGCUGUCUUUAGAUGGAGCUGUUGUCCUCUAUGACCUGAGUUAUCUUACUGAUUAACAAGGAAACUGCAACUCAUGGUUUCAUAUUGUACAGUCCGGUCUCAUGUAUGAAAACAAAGGUUUCUUGUCCAAUGUGGUUGGUGACUUAAAUGAACAAUUUUCUUUGUGUUGUCCGUCUCUUUUCUCUUCUCUCCCCUUUCUCUUUUUUGCACAAAAACAAAUAGGAGGAGCUGUGGCUUCUCUGUCCCGCCCGUGAGUGUGUCCCAGCACCAUGAAUCCGGAUGUCUCUGGACACUGUCCUUAAAAACACUGUAUACCCAGCAGGAUGAAUUCUUUGUGUGGCCGAACGUGACGAUAUCUUGAGAAAUUAUCAUUUUUCUGCCAGUUCACUGAAAGAAAUCAGUGAUUCAAUCAGUACACAUUUUUUGCCAAAUUGUUGUAUUUUGCCAAAUGUUGUGUUUUAACCGUAGAUGUCUGAUAGUGUCAAAGAAAAUAAAGGUAUGGACAUAUGCGAAAACGUG